CUCCCAAAAGUGGCAGGGGCUUCGCCGUGACCCCGGCGCUGGGAUGGCAGCGGGACAGUCGCACCGCGGCGGGACAGCGGGACGGUCCCCAGCCGAGGUGGCGGCUGGAGCGCUCCGGCGGGGGGAGACUCCAGCCAGUUUGUUUGCUAGUCGCUUUGUUGCUGCUGGGGGAUAUUUUAUUAUUAUUACUAUUUUGAAGUGCGGGGGGUGGCGAAGGGGGGCUGGCACCGGCUAUAAAGGCAGAGCUCCCCGGAGCAGCCAACGCUUCCCCGGCACCAUGAGUGCUGCCCUGGCCUGACACCCCCGCGUCCCCGGGGGUCCCAGCUGAUGGCACCGUGGAGCGCGGCUGCAUCCCGGGGUGGGAUGGUGUGAGCCUAGAGCUGCUCUCCUCUCCACCACCCACCGUCCCUCGGCUGGAGCUGGACUCGCCAGCCGCUUGGAUGAUUUGAUUUCUACCCUGCCUGAAAUCACUCCUGCCCAGAUGCAGUGGAUAAUAUUCAUGUUGCUGUUAUUCAUCAGCUCCAUGGAAAUGCUCAUGCAGAACCGAUGGAAGAAGCAAGCGAGCGCUGGGCUGCUGGAGAACUGCACGGGCUGCGUCCUGUGCUCAGAGGACAAUGGCUGCAUCACCUGCCACCACCGGCUGUUCCUGCUCAUCUGGAGGGACGGCAUCCGCCAGUACGGGAUGUGCGUCCACACCUGCCCCCCUGGCUACUUUGGCGUGCGGGGACUGGAGGUCAACAGAUGCACAAAGUGCAGGUCUCCCAGCUGCGAGAGCUGUUUCAGCAGAGACUUCUGCAUGAAGUGCAAAGACAAGUUUUACUUGCACAAGGGCCAGUGCUUUCGGCAGUGCCCCCCCAGCACCGCGGCACAGCCCGGCACUCGCGAGUGCCAAGAGACGUGCAUGCCGGGGCCCUGGAGCCAGUGGAGCGCCUGCACCCAUGAGGGCCGGACCUGCGGCUGCAAGUGGGGUGUGGAGACACGGGUGCGGGAGGUGCUGGGGGCUGCCCAGGAAGAGGGGGCUGCCUGCCCCGCGCUGCUGGAGACCAGGAAAUGCCGCAUGAGGAAGCACUGCCCAGGAGAGAAAACUGAACCCAAAAAUAAAGGCAAAAAGCGGCAGAAGAAGCCAAAGACAGAACCGCACGUGGGUACCUAGCGAAACCAGCACGUGAGCCGGUGAAUAGCGGUGGGAGCUGGUUGGGAGCUCUCUGUGCCACUGGCCGGUGGCAUGAAGAGGUCCCAACCAGCUCCCACCGUGCUACCCCGGCCACAUCGCCCUUGUUUUUCCAUCCACAAAAAAAAAAAAAUUGCACAAUUUUCUCCCCCCCUCCCAUUUCUUUUGAGACAAUUUAUGGCCUGUAAAACAUUUCCUUUUCAGAAAAUCUAAUUUGCAAUGUCCAAAGCGAUGCCUCGGGGCUCGGGGAGGGGGUGGCUUCUUGUAUUUGUUUUUUCCCUCUCCCCCAGCCUUCUCAGUCCCUUCCCUUGCUCUGGAUGGAUGGGAUGGGGGUUGAUCCUCGGGGUUGGACCCCAUCUCUGCUUGGGUACCGUCCCCCAGGGCUGAGAGAUGCUCUGUCCCCAUGGGGCCCCGUUUGUACAGGGGUGCUGCAGUGCAUAGGGUGCCACCGAGCUGCUCUGGGUGCUGGAUAAGGUCCCCCAUCCUCAACCACUGUCACAGAGAGCGGUGGGACCCCCAGAGUUCAGACUCCAUUGGGGAUGAUGACAUCAGUCAUGGUAGUGCAGUCUGGUGCUCAAUGGCACAACCGUGCACCAAAUCCUGCUGUCCUCAGGCUCACAGAAGGGCUGGAGGAACCUCUCUCCCCACCUGAUGUGGGUGCAGGGAUUUGGGGUGGCUCUGGCCGGGUUUGGUCCAGGACAGGGGGUGCACACGCUGCAGCUGCUGGAGCCCAGGCAGGGGAUGCUGCUGCCUGCUGCAUCCUCUGGCCAGGACCCACCGCAGCCCCUCCUAAAUGUCACCAGGGGCAAAUUGCUGUCCCAGCCACAGGCAUCUCUCUAUUUGGAGGUGUUCUGGGUCAGAUACCCCGUCCCUGCACCAGGCAGGGGGAGGCCAGGUCAGGGGGGUUGUCAGGGCUGCACAGACCCUGCAGGGCGAGAGCGCUGGGGCUGACACCAAGCUGCCACAGCAGCUCCUCCAUUCGCUUAAUACCAAAUAAAUGUAUUAAAACUCCACCA